UUCUUUAGGUAACAGUGCUAGUUUUCGCUGUUUGACUGCUCAACUUCCCAAGUACGGACACGGCGGAGUUGAUACCAUCUGCAUACUUUUUAGCCGUUUUGCACAGUGAGUCGAGUGAUUGUUUUGUUUUGUCGGACAAGUUGACACCAGUUGUACGUUACGCAAUGAACGUGACAGUGACAGAGUGACUUUCCGCAGCUAAAAAACACACCAGCUAGCUUGCUAGCUCGGUUAGCCUAGCCAAACAGUUUGUUCACGCUGAGGAGCAAAGACCUCUCCAGGUGUGUCCGAUUUCAGUAAUUAUCAGCCAGCCUUCCAGUGUCCGAUCUCUACUACAAAUGGCUUUGGUAACAGCAUUAAGAAGACUGGCUCAUGUCCGGAUAUGUGAGUACACACGGAAGACGGCUGCAGUAACCUUUGGUGCCCGGCAUACAAGUCUGAAGAGUUUUACAACCAGCACACAGCCUCUGAGGUCAGACAACAAGGUGACAGUUCACUUCAUUAACAGAGAUGGAGAGAAGAUCACAGUGAAGGGCUCGCCCGGAGACUCGCUGCUCGACAUCGUCAUCAAUGAAGACCUUGACUUCGAUGGUUUUGGGGCGUGUGAAGGAACACUGGCGUGCUCCACAUGUCAUCUGAUCUUUGAUGAGGACGUCUACAAGAAUCUGGGUCCGGUCACAGAUGAGGAGAUGGACAUGCUAGACUUAGCAUACGGCCUGACUGACACGUCUCGUCUGGGUUGCCAGAUCUGUCUGACAAAGUCCCUGGAGGGCAUGGUGGCCCGGGUCCCUGAGAGCGUAGCGGACAUCAGACAGAGCAAGGACGGCUCAUCUUAACCACGGGCUGUAGACGCCGCUGUAGUGCCUGCACAGAGCUAAGAGUGCCACAUACACACUGUCCACACACAGGCCCACUGUUUACAUGUGUCACUGCUGCUGCCACUCAGCUGUUUCCCACCUUCACAUAGAAAUAAACAAAGCUGCACAUGGACACGUUUGUAAUCACUGCCCUGGGGUACUGUUUGUCCGGUUUAAGAAGCAGCGACGUUUGCUCCUUCACUUUAUGAAGUCACUUUUAUUAAAGCUGCAAUAAAUUUACACUGGAACACAAUAUAAUUAUUUCUAGACACAAAAGUUUCCCGUGCAUGAGUGUUUGUUUUUUUUUUUCCCUUUUUUAGUGUGGAUCUGUUUUUACAUUUAGUCAAAUCCCUUUUUUUCUGAAUGAAUUUGGCCUUUUUCCACUGAGUCGGUGAAGGUCGGGUACAGCUGAGUGCAGCCACAAACUGAAAUAUUGGUCUCACAAUGAAACUAACAGUUCUUGGCACCUUAGAGAUCGUGUUAAAGCAGCCCCCCCCCCCCCCCGUAUAUUUUAUUAUAGCCGAUAAAAUGUGUACCAUUUCUGUUGUUGUUUUAAUCAAAUCCUUCGUGUAACCAUAUAAUUUAAUCCUGUGAUUGUACAUAGAACACUUAUAUACUGAUGUAUAGCGUGACAAUUGAUGUAAUAAAAAACAAAUCACCUUUCUAAUGGUGUGUGGAACUGUUGGUUUGUAAAUGUUCGUGUUUUAUUUGACAAAAAAAGUAGCGAUCACUUUCGUACUCGCGUUUAUAGUUUAUUUGCACAGCUUAUUAACAUGAAUACAAGCAGAAAACAAGUACAGAUGUAUCCAAAGCUAAGCAUUUAGCUGCAUAAAAUAUAAAGCUAGAAAAACAUGAUGCAAUAAUGUAUUCAUCUUAUUUACAUAAUGUCAUUAAUAACAAACAGUUGAAAUUAAAUUGAACCAAUACAGGCUUUUGUGAAAACCACAUUUGUUGGCAACAAAUAGAAAACAAGAAUCAUAAACAAAUUAUGCAACUAAAAUGUAAGUGAAUGCAACAAAAGAUGGAAAUGUCUGCCCUUUUAAAAUACAGACAAGAAUUAAUUUAGCUGUUUGUGACCGAAUAUUUAAAAGAAAAGGCUGUGAAACAUUAUUUGCAUCUAUGAAAGUAGUCAGUGAAACGAUCUUCUUUAGUUUUGGCUGUAAUUCAUGCUACAGUAACAGCAGGAUAAAGAACGCAGAUAAACUUAAACCUAUAGAACGUCAAACUGCUAAUUACGGUGACGAAAUAAAUAAUCCAAAAUGGUCUGAAUUAGAGGUAGACCGAUAUAUACUGAUUUUUUUGUUUGUUUUUUUUGAAAGCCGAUGUUGAAUCAGCAGUAAAAAUGCUGUAAGAUAUUUGAUCAGGCACCUGUGUAGGCAGCACUUGAAGUUCAGUAAAUGUUAACAGUACUAUGUGUAGGUGUAUUCAUAAUUAAAUUUAUAUCGCUGCAUAAAAAUCUUAAGUAUCUGAGUGUUUCAAUUGUAUUUUACGGUCAAUGUGCUUUAAAAAAAAAAAAAAGCCAUAAAUAUCGGCCUCAAAAAUUGGCUGACCAAAUUUUUAAAACAUCGGCCUUAGAAAACCCCAUAUCGGUCGACCUCUAGUCUGAGUAGACGAAGUCUAACAUUUAGCCACAGUGUAAAAAGCAAAGUGCUGUUGGGUCCUUAGUCACAGAGUCUAUCCUGGCUGCAUUUACACCCCAGGCCAAGUCGUACCAAAUAAAGAGAAAACUAAGAUGUAUUAAAUCUGUUAGACCGUUUGAAUCCAGUGCAGGGUUAUGUUGACAUUUAGUAAAUGUUUGAGCCUUAACACCUUAAACUGAUGAGGCUACACUUGUGCAAUAUGUCCAGAUAGAUUUGCAGCUCGAGCGCAGACGGGUUCUACUGUAUAAUAUUGGGCAUGUUGGUUCUGACAGUGAAACAAGGCAACACCAGGUAGUCUUUACUUGGCAGAUUUUAACUUUGGCCUGUUGUAGCUUAAAACACACUGAUUAUAUGAAACCUGUCAGUCAGUCGGGUAACAGGUCUUUCAGUUUGUAUGCAUCCAGUAAGUGAAGAAAUGCAAGGUUAGAAAGUAGGAGUAAAUCCAGCCUUAAGGACAUUCCAGUCACAUUUCUUUAAUGGCAAGAAGCACUAGGAAAAAUGGACUUAGUCUUCUAACACAUUUUUAAAAGUACCAUAGUAAACGGACUUAACGGGCCUCGUGCA